ACCACACCCCCCGCACAUUCGAAUAACAGUAAGAUGGGAUCCCUCGCCAAUAACGUCGUGGCCGUGGCGGCCGUCCUGGCGGCGCUCGUCGCCGGCGGCUCGUGCGGCCCCCCCAAGUUCCCGCCCGGCCCCAACAUCACGACCAACUACAACGGCCAGUGGCUCACCGCCAGGGCCACCUGGUACGGCCAGCCCAACGGCGCCGGCCCCGCCGACAACGGCGGCGCGUGCGGGAUCAAGGACGUCAACCUGCCGCCCUACAACGGCAUGACGGCCUGCGGCAACGUCCCCAUCUUCAAGGACGGCAAGGGCUGCGGCUCCUGCUACGAAAUCAGAUGCAAGGCGCCAGCCGAGUGCUCGAACAACCCGGUGACGGUGUUCAUCACCGACAUGAACUACGAGCCCAUCGCCCCCUACCAUUUCGACCUCAGCGGCAAGGCCUUCGGCGCCCUGGCCAAGCCCGGCCUCAACGACAAGCUCCGCCACUGCGGCAUCAUGGACCUGGAGUUCAGGAGGGUGCGGUGCAAGUACGCCGGCGGGCAGAAGAUCGUGUUCCACGUGGAGAAGGGGUCCAACCCCAACUACCUGGCGGUGCUGGUGAAGUUCGUCGCGGACGACGGCGACAUCGUGCAGAUGGAGCUCAAGGAGAAGGCGUCGCCGGAGUGGAAGCCGAUGAAGCUCUCGUGGGGCGCCAUCUGGAGGAUGGACACGCCCAAGGCGCUCAAGGGCCCCUUCUCCAUCCGCCUCACCAGCGAGUCCGGCAAGAAGCUCGUCGCCACCGACGUCAUCCCGGCCAACUGGAUCCCCAACACAUUCUACAAGUCCAACAUCCAGUUCUAGAUUUUCUAACACUUGAACCGCGUGCUGCAGUAAGUGGUGGUCGCUGAUUUACUUAUUUUUUUCGGCAUGAGCAGUGAAGCAUCAUGCAUGCGCGGUUAACCAUGUUGAGGUUUCUGAAUUCUAAUUUGUAAGCUGGGCUUACCUUUUGUCUCCGGGUUCAUGAAUCCGAAACAGUGGAAAUAUAAUGACAAGAUUCUGUAUAUCAUC